AUGCUGUAACCUAAUACGGUUCCAUCACUAUGAAUUCCCAUUCGCAAGCUCACGAUGAUAAUUUGGAUAAUUUGACACGUCAAAAAGUGUCGUGGCUUCUAAGAGCCAAUAUCGUCAACCCUUUCAUUCAAUCCGAGGAGGAACGCCACCCAUGGCAAGUCAGUGAAACCCAGAAGCUUGACUUUCCGCUUCUCCGAAUUUGGGAUGUCAAAUCAGGGAGCCAUCCCGAUAAGGAUAACCAUAUGCUAUCGAGAUCACCUAGGUUACCUCUUACUACAGAGCAAGCUCGUAAAACAUCCCUCGCCAUUCAUCUCAAUCAUAGGAUCUGGAGGCCAACACCAUACAUCUCCUUUACAAAAUCAGCCAGCGCAAUUGAGAAUCUCGCAAAAUGGAGAAGCAUAAAACGAGGAAAUCAGACACUCACUGUCAUUGACCCCGCCACUCGACUUAAAAACGGUUUACCAAUCCUCGACAUCGCUGCUGAAAUGAAGCAUUAUGAAAUCCCGGAUCCUUAUAAUAAGGGAAUGGAAUACUACACCGACCAUUACGUUUGUUUAUGGGAAGUUACCACAGAAGAAAUUGUUGGUCACUACGAGUGGGAAGUGCUCGCAAACAAUAAGGACUGGUUUGAUGAUAUCAUCGCACCAGAAUUUCGUAAGUUUAAGAGAGAAAAGAAAUCCGAGUCCGCUUCUACUCGUCCAUCAGCAUUUGAUAUGUCCACGAUUAUGGAAAGUCUUUCUGCCGCGCGCAUAUCCAUUGACACACGCAUCGAGCAUCUUGAAGAUUCAGAUGACUCUUCCGAGCAUCACUAUCUAGAUGACAACUGUACGGACUCCGAUGACGAUGCCGAGGAGGCGUAUCCGAACGACGAUAUAAUCAAGGCAAUAGAGGAUCUCUAGUAAGGUGGGGUUAUUAUAUCGCUCAUGCGGGCCAAGAGCUGGAGAACCACAAGCAGAGGGUGAUGCAGCAGAUGGACGAAGAGAUUGUCGCUUUCAUGGAACGUUAUCGGUGGGCGUUUGCUGCCGGUGUGCCAAUAGGAAAGCUGAUAGCAUACUUUGAACGCCAGGUUGCAGGCAGGCUGUAGAUAUGAAGCAAGGCUGCAUAGUACGGAGUACUGAAUCACCGUUGAUGCGCUGAGCUGUGUUUGGUUAUUUGCGAACAUGACAUGUCGCAAUACCCGCUUUGCGUUAGCGCUGCAGGGGUUUUCUGCGACAAAGUUCACGAAGUAAUUGCUGUCCAUGCUAUAGCAAACGCAGAGUUACCAAAAAAGAUGUCCAAAGAAUGAGAGCAAUCGAUGG